GUUCAUCUUCUCCCGGCUGCCGUCGCCGGUCCCCCUGCCCCAGUGAACGACAGCAGCUCGUGCACUUUAACGUCACCGUCCGUCAGCUAGCUAACGUUAGCUGUCUCUCACAAAGAUGGCGAACGUGUUGCUGGAGUUCAAGGCUUCUGCCGGUGACUCCGAGCCACAGAGCCGUCCUGUGCUGAUCCUCGGACAGCAGAGCCACCUGCAGAAAGUCGCCUGGGGCCAAAUCAAAGGGAAGCUGCAGCCGGUCGUUAGCAAAGAGAUUUGGCAGGCAGCUCUCAGUGCUUUGAACCCGAACCCCACGGACAGCUGUUCUCUGUACCUCAACCAUGCUGCGGUGGCCGCCCUUCCUUCACGAGUCAGCAGGCACAACAGCCAGUCUUCUGCCCACUUUGUGUCCCGUCUGGUCCGUUCCUGCCUGCCUGGAGGCAACAACCGCUGCAUUGUGAUGGUGUGUGAGCGUUCGGAUGUGUUUGCGUGUUCCUGUGCUAUUGCCAGGGCGUUCUCCAUCUUUUCUCGGCGCUCCACGUCUUCACGCAGGGCGGAGAAGAAACGCGUCACUGUGGAGAUUGUGGUCGUCGGGCAAGAGAGCAGUGUUCUGGAUGUCGCAGAACUUAAGUGUCUCUCUAACGCUGCUCAUGGCGUGCGGCUGGCAGCUCGGAUUGUGGACACACCAUGCAAUGAGAUGAAUACAGAUCACUUCUUGGAUGAGAUCAAGGCAGUGGGAACUGAACUUGGAAUAACUCCAGUGAUCAUUCGUGGAGAGCAGCUGAAACAAAGAGGAUUUGGAGGUAUUUAUGGAGUUGGUAAGGCGGCAGAGCAUCCUCCUGCAUUAGCAGUCCUGAGCCACACACCAGAUGGUGCGACCCAAACCAUUGCAUGGGUGGGCAAGGGCAUCGUGUAUGACACUGGAGGACUCAGCAUCAAGGGAAAGACCACAAUGCCAGGGAUGAAGAGAGACUGUGGUGGAGCUGCUGCCAUCUUGGGAGCUUUCAGUGCUACUAUUAAACAGGGCUUUAAGGAUAACCUCCAUGCAGUGUUUUGCCUCGCAGAGAAUGCAGUUGGACCCACAGCCACACGACCUGAUGAUAUCCACACUCUCUACUCUGGAAAGACGGUGGAGAUCAAUAACACUGAUGCAGAGGGCAGGCUGGUGCUGGCUGAUGGAGUGGUGUACGCCAGCAAAGACCUCUCAGCUGAUAUUAUUCUGGACAUGGCCACACUGACGGGGGCACAGGGGAUCUCCACAGGGAAAUACCAUGCCGCUGUGAUGACGAACAAUGAGCAGUGGGAGGUUGCAUGUGUGCGCGCUGGCCGCAGCAGUGGAGAUCUUGCGCACCCUCUGGUCUACUGCCCUGAGCUGCACUUCAGCGAGUUCACCUCUGCCAUGGCUGACAUGAAGAACUCGGUGGCAGACCGGGAGAACGCCCAGAGCUCCUGUGCCGGCCUCUUUAUUGGUUCCCACUUGGGCUUUGAUUGGCCUGGUGUCUGGGUCCAUGUUGAUAUCGCCUCUCCUGUCCAUUCUGGGGAGCGUGCCACAGGAUUUGGCGUUGCGUUGCUAAUGGCCCUGUUUGGUCAGGCAUCAGACGACUCCAUGCUGAACAAAGUCUCCCCUCUGGGUGCAGCCACCAACACGUCUGAGGACAAGAUGGAGCGUGACUGCAAGAGACGAAGACUAGUGUAGAACAAUCUGCGGCUCCGCUGGCAAGAAAGUGAAGUACUCAUCCAGUUAGUCAAAACAUUUUAAACUGUGAUUCAACUCCCUAUGUUUGAAUACAUUUCACUAAAUAAAUCAGGUGUGUCAUGUAUGAUGAAAUGCAGGCUCUCAUUUGUCAUGAUUUGGCACUUUCUGCUCUUUUUUUUCCAGUUGCGCUUGAAGAUGCAUUGAUUCUAAUAAAAUCUUAAAACAAAAAAAUAUAUCUCCAUCCCAUCAGCAGGCAUUGUUGUACGUUGAUACCUUAAUGCAAAUCAAGGAUUAAAAGCAUACAUGUUGUCUUUCUAAAAAAUA